UUGCUUUAGGUAGAUAUAUAUAGGCAGUGAGUUUGUUGCCGGUGGCUGAUAAUGGCAAAAAUUGGAGCACUGGAUCUGGCAGCCGGUCUUGGCGGAACCAUUGGUAAAAGCCAGGUCCUCUCCGCCGUUGACAAGUACGAGAAGUAUCAUGCCAGCUACGGAGGCAAAGAGGAAGAAAGGAAAGCUGAGUACAGUGACAUGGCCAACAAAUAUUAUGAUCUUGUUACCAGCUUUUAUGAGUAUGGCUGGGAAGAGUCCUUCCAUUUCGCACACAGAUGGAAAGGGGAGUCUCUACGAGAGGGCAUGAAGAGACACGAACACUUCAUCGCGUCACAGCUAGCCUUAAGACCAGGAAUGAAGGUGCUGGAUGUAGGUUGCGGAAUUGGUGGACCACUCAGGGAGAUAGCACGAUCCAGCUCCACAUCCAUUACGGGAUUAACCAACAACGAGUACCACAUUAAAAGGGGAGAGGAACUGAACCGCAUCGCCGGUGUUGACAAGACAUGCAACUUUGUUAAUGCUGAUUUCAUGCGUAUGCCAUUCUCCAGCGAUACUUUCGAUGCAGCUUUUGCUAUAGACGCUACAUGCCAUGCACCCGAUGCUUGUGAAUGUUACAAGGAGAUCUACAGAGUACUGAAGCCUGGUCAGUAUUUUGCCGCAUAUGAGUGGUGUAUGACCGAUUCCUUUGAUCCAAACAACGAAGAGCACCAAAAGAUUAAGGCCGAAAUCGAGAUUGGAAAUGGUCUUCCAGACAUCAGGCUGACCAGGCAGAUCAUUGAAGCUCUAGAGCGAGCAGGUUUCGAGGUCAUAUGGGAGAAAGAUCUAAGUCCUGACUCUUAUAUCCCUUGGUAUGCACCUAUGGAUAAAAACCGUCUCUCGCUGAGUAACUUCCGCACGACGGCUCUUGGGCGUUGGAUUACUACAACCAUGGUCAAGGCACUCGAGGGUGUGGGGCUAGCCCCGGAAGGAAGCCUCAGGGUUAAAAAAUUCCUGGAACAAGCUGCUGAGGGCUUAUAUGAAGGCGAAAGGAGAGAAAUCUUAUCGCCCAUGUACUUCUUCGUGGCUCGGAAGCCUGAAUCCAAGAGUCCGUGAUGCGGGGACAACAAAGAAAUGGGAAAUUAUCAUGUUUCAAUUUGAUCUCGAUACUCUUGCUUUCUUCUGCCACAUUGAUCUUGAUACUUUCAAAUGGUGAAAUGGGCUUGAAACAUCAAUUUAUCACUCUUUUUUUC